CCAUUGGCAACAUCGAUUUUCGCCGUACGUCAAACUCAACCUGCCAAUCACCGCGCCCCUCACUCAAUUGCCGAAUUAUUUAUAAAUAACAAUUUCUCAUUUUCAAUCUACAAUAAACUGAAUGGAUAAGCACCCGCACUCGGUCGACGCUCCAAUUUAGUUUAUAAGAAACAGUGUCGGCCAGUAAUUCCGCGAAAAAUGUCGACGGCCUUAUUGGCUGUGAUCGCUGUUAUUUUAUGUAUUUUGUUCAGAAUUUUGAAUGUGAAUUCGCAACCUCUCAAACCGUCCUUAUGGUGUGGCGACAACAAAUUUCUGGAUAACGUGUUGAAGAUUACACCUUUGCUAAAUGAACCUUACAUUCCUACCAGGCUAUGGGGUUUUAGCGGACACGUACAGACAAUCAUCCACAGUGUGAUUGGCCGAGUGAAAUGUCCUUGGCCGAUGGGAGAAAGAGUCUUUCUCACUUUAUCAGAUGGCACGACUCUAACAUACGAUAUGUAUCAGCCUUUGGAUACGAAUUUUCCAGAUGAUAUAUCCAUUGCAAUAUGCCCAGGUAUUUGCAAUACUUCCGAGUCUGUCUACAUUCGUACUUUUGUCCAUUGGGCUCAGUACCACGGCUACAGAUGUGCGGUACUUAACCAUGUGGGCGCUUUGCCUAAGGUUCCAGUUACUGCACCUAGGAUUUUCAGCUAUGGAAACACAGACGAUUACCAUGCAAUGUUAUUGAACCUAAUAAACAGACAUCCAAAUACGAAACUGGUUUGCGUUGGAUUCAGUCUCGGAGGGAACCUGGUGACGAAAUAUCUUGGAGAAAGGGAACGAGUCAAACAUCCUAACAUUAUAGGAGGAAUUUCGAUAUGUCAAGGCUAUGACGCUAUUGAAGGAACUAAAUGGCUCCUGAACUGGCAAAACUUCCGUCGAUUCUAUCUCUACGUGAUGACUGAAAAUUUAAAAAAUAUAAUCCUACGUCACAGCAAAGUACUUUUGAGCGAGGAGGCUAAACAACGAUUCCAAUUGGUGGAAAGUGAAAUUAUAUCCGCCGCUACUUUACCCGAACUAGACGAGGCUUACACCAGGAAAGUACACGGAUUCAGUACUAUUACAGAGUUGUACAAAUGGAGUUCCAGCAUCAAUUAUUUGAAUGACAUUGAAAAACCAAUGAUUUUUAUCAACGCCAAAGAUGAUCCCAUUGUUCCUGAACCCCUAUUGGAACCGCUUAGACAAGUUGCCAUUGAAGCUUCAAAUACCCUUUUCGUAGAAGUAGCUCACGGAGGCCAUUUAGGCUUUUACGAGGGCGGUCUCAUAUAUCCAAACCCUGUAACGUGGCUAGACCGGACAUUGGUUGCCUUGGUAGGCAGCCUUGCUCUACACUAUGACGACAAAAUAAUGAAAUCUAGAGCCAGUUUGGGUGUUUAAAAAAAAAUGAUGCCCAAUUUUGAAGGCGGAAAGUUUCUUUUUGAACAUUUUUGUUGAUUUCAUGUACAUAUUAAAGUUGUGACUCAUAAAUAAUAUGUAAUAUGUUGUCUAUGCGCAGUGCUAAAAAUGGGCAUUUAAGUCAAUUAAAAUGACUUUUAGAUGGACAAACUAUGAUUAACCGAAAAAUAUGGCUUUAUGGCGCCUAGAAUAUUGUGAAUGAAGUGUGAUUUUUAGCUGGCUAUAUAGCUUUUAAAUUAUUUGAGAAUUUUAUAGAUUUCAGCUACAUAUUUAAAUUGUUUUUCGUGAAAAAAUAAAAUAGGUUUAUUUUACAAGAAAAUUUGUUUAUUUUUGUAUUUAGUACUUAAGUCUGUGUUUUCGUUUAAAUGUGGAACCCUGCAACAAGCAUUUAUAUUCAAAUUUUCGCGCAUUCCUAAUAUAAUUUUUUACUGCCUUUAUCAAUAUUUUUUAGUUUUAUUUUUUGACUUACAUACUACUGACCUCAGGUUUGUCAAUAAACUUAAUAAGUAUUUGAAGACUUGAAGCCACUUUUGAAAUGGAAGAUCUCCCUUUGUUUAAACAAUUAAUUUGUAAAUACUUUAUUGAGAUACAACCGAGAAAAAAUAUUUUAUAGUUCGUGUAUAUUUUUUGUAAUUUAAAAAUAUUAUUUAUUUUAAAUUUCCGAACCAGUUUGCAAAGCAAUUUAUCCUUUUGUGUUAUAGAUUUAUGGUGAUUUAUAAUUAUUUAUUGAUAAUAUAAAUAUAAUCAAGUUAAUGUCGA